GCCGCCGGCCGUCCACCGCUGGAAACUCGCCCCUGCCGGCCGGUCCAGCCGAGUGCGGGCCGGCCGCUGGGCGGCGCUGGCGGCGCGGCGCAGGCGCGGGGGCGCUCGACAGACCAGCAAACUAUUUUAGUCGCCAGCGACGGCCGGCGAAAAAAGCGUCGGCGUUCGCUGUGCUGCAGGUGUGCGAGCGGCGGAGGGCGGUGUGCGGCGCGCGGUGACCGGUCGGCUUGGUCUGGGACGGCGCACUGACCCCAGGGAGUGACUGGCCAUGUCGUCCCUAACUCGGUCCGAGUAUCGACACGAAGAACAGCGGCGUGUCACCGAGUCGCCGUUCCGAGAGACCAAAUGGGACAGACACCUCGACACCCUUCUGACUGACCUGAACGAGUCGGUGGGCGCGGGCCGCCCGUCAGCCGGCGGCUCCCAGCAGCGCUCCGUGGUGCCCUCGUCCGGCUCCGGGCUGGUGACUGAGCGUCAGGGGGUGGCCGGCUCUGGCGACUUCCACGAGCGGCGCGAGUACACCUCGCCCGACCAGCGCACACACGUGGUCGAGGAGCGCUUCGAGAAGACGGCGCGCGGAGACGGCGGGACUCGGCACGGGCCGUUCUACGAACCUCAGUCCGGUAGCCGCUACCAAUCCUCCCGCUCUACCACCUACCAGCGUAGCAGCGAACCCCCUGCCACCAAACAGACCGCAUCACCGCUCGGCAGUCCGGGCCGCACCAGCAGCCGCACCACCACAGAGACAGUGCGCGAGCAGCGGCACCACACCGCGCCGCAGCCGGCCGCCAAAGCCGAGUCACACUAUCAGACGGUGCGCACCGUAUCGGAGCAGUCUCCGGCGUCCCCGACAGCGGCGACCGCUCCCCGCCAGCCGCGGGUGAUUGAGUACACGGAGGAGCUGGUACCGGCAGAGUCGCGUACCACGCGCACAGAGUGGCAGCGUCAGGCGCCCCCCACUACCUACACAUACUACGAGUCGCCGCCGACGGAGCGGCGGUCCGCCCGCACGGUGACGCAGUACCGCUACCCGGCGGUGGGCUCCCCGCCGCCGCCGCAGCGCGUACAGUACUACGGCGGUACCGAGUACCCGGACGGCAGCCCGGUCACAGUGCGGUACGUGGACCGACGACCCGUCACCGUCUAUCAUGACGGGAAGUACACGGCCGCCCCCGAGCUGCCGCCGCCGCCCCGCUCCGCUCCGGUGUCCCCGCGCUCAGACUCGGGCGCGGCCACUGUAUACUACGAGCGUAUUAUCGAGCGGCAGCCGAUUAUCCACUACUACGGCGGCCGGCCGGAGGACGAGCCGGCCCCUGCGCCGCGCUCCUCCACACUGCCGGCCGGUCAGCGCCUCACCACCACUCAGUACACGGAGCAGCGCGGCCCGCACGCCCGCUCCGGCGCCACGCUGCCGCCGGGCCAGCUGCUCAGCAGCAGUAGCACUCAGACCACCCAGCUCAGCUCCUCUGAACGCACCGCGUCCUCUGCCGCCGCCCCGGCCGGCCUGCAGCGGGCCCCGCGCGACCGCAGCCCGGAGCCCGUCAGCGCCACGAGCCAGUCGGUCACCAAGCAGGUCUACAAGACGAGCUCCUACUCUGGAGACAAUGCCGCUCCACAGACACAACCUUCCAGCCAGCAGCAGGGCGACCCGUCGCGCUUCAAACAGAACAUUCUCGAACUCGACAGUCUGCUCGACGAUCUCGACCAUGCUCGCAAGAAGCCGGGAACGAAUGGUGUUGACUCUACGAAUACUUUCGACGGUCCGGCGGGCACCAGCACGCCCUACCGUCACACCAACAUUCAGAAGACGACCCAGACCAGCCGAUACACGAGCUCGGGGCCGGGCGGGGAGCGUCAGCCGACGCCCGGUGACCAGCUGACCACCCUGGGCCUGACCGGACCGCGCCACUCACCGUCACCGAACCCGCUGGACGGCCUGGACCGCGGCCUGGUGCCCGAGCUCAGCGAGCCGCCGGUGGCCGGCACCACGCGCGUCACAAAGUACGAGUACCGCAGCUCGAACCGGCGCGACGUGAGCCCGCAGCCGGCGGUGGCCCCGGCGCCGGCUCCAACACGCACCCUGCCGCCGCCCGAGAGUGCGCGCACUACCAUGGAUAGGAGGGAGUACACGAGUGCUACCAGCACUCUGGACCGCGCGCCGCCUCCCGAUACCACCGACAAGACCACCACGUAUGUGUACAGCUCUGACCAGAACACCCUGCCGCCGGGCGUGCCGGCGCCGCCCGUCCCCGCCGGCUCCAACACGACCAUCAACUACCACAUCUACAACUACGGCACGCUGGGCCCGGACGGCCAGCCGGUGCUGCCGCCGGGCGUGGCGCCGCCGCCCGGCUCCGGCACCCUGCCGCGCCGCGAGGUGGUCACCAGCACCAACACCAGCACCAGCUCGCACCAGUACCGCGAGACCAGCCCGCCGGCGCCGCGCUCUCCGGCGCCCGGGCCCGACACCACCGUCAGCAACUCGUACGUGUUCGAGAAGCACACGCACAACACGGCGCCGCAGCGGCACCCGUCCGGGCCGAGCUCGCCGAGCGGCCCGUCCGGCCCCGGCGGACCCGGCGGACCCGGCGGACCCGGUGGACCCGGCGGACCCAACGUCCUCCACUCGACCACCACCACCACCAAACACUACACGAUCGGGCCGGACGGGCGCGAGAUCCCGGCACGGCCGGCCUCGCCGUACGACCAGCAGUAUCCCAAGUUCCCAGUGGACGACGGCCCCGGGCCGCAGGGCCACCACACGCGCACCACCACCACCACCAUCGAGCGUACCCAGACGCGCGGCUCGCCGUUCCCGGCGCGCAGUCCGUCUCCGUCGGCUCGCCGCCCGCAGCGCGACGACGGGCCGCGCGUGCCGUUCCCCGGCUCGCCGCGCCGACCCGUGGAUGAUAUCGACACGCCGCGGCGAGUGGACGAGCUGAUGGCUCAGAUCCCCGACACCCCGCAGGAUGGGACCUACCCGCGCGGCCCGGUGCGGCGCGAGCUCAACAACGGCCGCUCGUCCACCACCACCACCCACUUCACGGUGCACGAGACGGAGCCGCUGCUGGACACACAGACGCAGGUGACGCUGGACGCCAAGUCGGGCGCCGUGGUGCCGCAGGCGGCCUCCAAGCCGGUCUCCGGGCCGCCCAUCUACUACCCGCCCGGCUCCACCGAGUUCAAACCCAAACCCGAGAGCGAGAUGAUGUUCCAGUCGUACGAGUCUCGCGGCGGCGGAAAGUACGCCUCCGGCUACAAGGCGAAGGGCAAGUACAAGGCCAAGGCGGGCUCGAAGGAGACGCACGCCGAGGGCGGCGCCGUGAUCCCCAUCUGCCUGCCCCUCUGCUGUGGGGCCGCCUGUUCCGUCAUGUAGCCUGUGACGCCGUCAGUGGUGAGGUGACUACAGCGGACUGUCGAGCCGCCGGAUGGCGGGGAACUCAGUGACCCGUGACUCGUGAUGAGCGCCCCAGUGCGGCCACGUGACUCUGUGUGUGCUGGUGCCGAGCGAGGGUGAGGCGGUGCGCAGGUUUAAACAACUAAAGCUUGUGUGAACGUGCUAACUCGCCGCGGCUCCGUGACGGCGCUCGGACGUUGGAUGAGCUAGUGUGCUAGUCAGGCUGCGGACCGGCGACCGGCGCCCCCCGGCGGCCGGGCCGGGCGAGAGGAGGCGCGCGCUGCUUCUCCGUGACGCGCGGUGUUGAGUCGCAUUUACUCGGUGUGUUGGUGUGGACGUGUCGCUCGCGUGUGUUUCUACUGCUGGUGUCUGUGGUGCGGAGUCUCCCCGGUCUCUCUCCGUCCCGUCCCCCCGUUACCCCCCCCCCCCGUCUCGUGCUAACACCACCCAACCGUCAGCCUCUACACUGCCUCUGCUUUGGACACGGCGCCGCCGCGUGCGCCCGGCGCUGCACUGAAUGCCCGCCGCAGGUCCGUGAGUCCACUGAAUGCUGGCCGUGCGACUCGCGACUGCACUGAGUGCCGGCCUGUGACCCGUAACUGCAAUGAUUGCCGGCCGUGUGACUCACUACUGUACUGAGUACCGGCCUGUGACCCGUGACGAUACUGAAUAAUGGCCGCGUGACUCACGGCUGCAUUGCACCCCGAUGAAAUGAGUCGUAGCUGUACUGAAAGCCGGUGGUGUGACUUGUGCUUGCGCUGAAUGCCGGCCAUUUGACCUAUGUUUGCGCUGGAAGCUGGCAUGUGACUCACAGCUGUGCUGAAUGCCGGUCGUGCGACCCGCGACCGCACUGAAUGCCGGCCGCGUGACCCGUGACUGUAUUAUACUGUGCCGAUUGGCUGCGUGCCGCCGCCCUGGGCGAUAUUUCUUGGCCCACUCGCAGCUGCGUGUGAUAUGUGCGUGUGAUUUGUGCGCUGACCGGGCCCUCCGCCGGCCUCCCGCGCGGAGCCGGUCGGAGGGCGGGGUCAGGGGUCAGCGUGGAUGACCGGCGGGGUCAGAGGUCGGCCUGGAUAACCGGCCGGCCGGCCCGACCGUGGCCGUCAGUGUCAGUGGUUGUUUUUAACACGGCGGAGAGAACUAACGGCGACGCAUCGGUGUUAGCCAGCGGACAAUACAUUUACCAGUAACAGUA